AUGGCGGCGGGCUCUUGCGACAUUGGUUUGUGUGGUUGGAAGAUUCAUUAUUUUUUGCGGGGGGGCUGUCCGCCAGCAGGGGCCUCCUUCGACGGCGGCGACAAGUGUUGGUGCAACACCGGUGCUCAUGAUGAGAAUGGCGGCAAGAGAGGAAUAGGAAGCUGCUUCCAUCGAGGUUCCCAUGCAUGGAACGACAGAUACACUGCAAAGUUUGGGCCAUCGGGACUCUGGCUGGGGACCAUGCGGCUGCCCUGUGUGACGCUGGAUGGAAGCUGUGGUGUGGAUUAUUCACAGCUGCCUGCUGCUGCAGUCGGUGCGGCAGAGGCCUGCAGGGUUCACAUUCUUUGA